AUGGCAAUACAUUGGACAAUUGUGGAUGAGAUACGACUUCUUAGGUGGGCAUCCGAGUUCAAGCCGGCCGGUAUUCAUAAGCAUUUCCACAUGUUUUGCAUAGUGGAGAGAAUGAACUCACCGGACAAAUAUCCAGUUACGUUAUUACAGAAGGAGACCAUGAAGUUGGGUAAAAUCUUCACUGCAAAAGACAUAUGGGAAAAACUGGGUCAAUCAUACAAUUUGGAGAAUAUUGAUAAAAUGGAAAAUGCAUAUUCAAUGGCGGCCACUACGGAAUGUUCGUUGAACGAUGACGAUGAAGAAAUUCACGAAGAGACCUUACUUGAGUUAAACAAUCGAAUGAGAGCGCGCAAACAAGAUUUUACACUACCUUGGGAUGAAUACGGUGAAUUGAUCUUGGAACAUGCCAAGAAAGGUCCUGCCUCGAUUGAAGAGGAAGCUCAAGCUAAAUAUGCAAAUGAUAGAGAUAAUGAUAUACCCAAAAAAGUUUUUGAAGAUCAAGUAGAAAAAACUAACCAUGAGGAAGAAAAAGAUGUGGUGGUGGCUGAAAAAGGGGAGGGAUUGAAUGAACAUCAUGCAAAGGUAAAUGAUACCCCAUCAGAUUCCCAAUACAAACUCAAAAUAGAGACGCAAGGUAGCAAAAAGGAGGACAAAAUGGAGCAUACGAGUGACGAAGAACAGAAGAUAAAAACAGAAAGUAAAACGGCGGCUCCCGUCAGGAAAUCUCAAAGAUUGAGAAGAAAUAAGGAGGUUAAAUUUGAAGACGAGGGAGAAGAAGAUACAGAACACAAAGAAACUGGGGAAGAAGAACAAAAUAUGGAAGAACCAAAGGAACAAGAAGGAGAGACGCAGGAACAAGAUGAAGAAAAUGAUGAGGAAAGUAAUGAAAAGGAAGAGGUUAAUGAUGAGCGCGAAAAGUCCAGCUCUUAUGAAAACACAAAUGGAUCUGAAAGUGAAGAAGUUGACGAGGCAUUGGAGUACGAGUCUGAAAAUGAGAAAGAAGACACAGAAAGGGGGUCUGGGCCAGAAAUGGAUAAUCUAAAAAAGAAAAUGGAGAACAAAAAAGAAGAGAAUCAGCAAGAUGGCGCUAGAAAGGACUCCAAGGUCCAAAAUGAACCAUUGGCGAAAAGGACCAGGCAUUCGUCAUCUGCAGGAAACACUAGCAACGAAGCCUCACCAAAAAGAAAAAGACGGAAGGCAAGUUCCCGCAAAGACAGUACCCCAGCUACUAGGGUUUCCAGUAGACUACGAAACAAGAGAUAA